AAUUAAUGGGUAUAAACAUUUUGAAUUCCACCGAAAAGGGCGCCGCAGCGGUGGAGGGUUUAAGACGAGAAGGAUUUGAGUUUUCAAGCCACGUUUGUCUUAUGAUGUCAAGUCGAAGGAGCGAAGCUUUGGCAUUUUCCCUGGUGACCGGGAUCAACCUGGCCAUGGCCAGGUUGGUGGACAUCUGGGAUAGCAUUGGAAUCCUGGAAGACCAGAGGGUAGAGCGCAUGGAGACUGUCAAGAAACACAUUGAGGGUCUUCUGAAUGACAUGAUCACCGAAGAGGAAGCGCUGAAGGAACGCAUUGAGGUCAAUAUAAUUUCAUUCCAAAGGCAGCUGGAGUCCCUGUAUCAGGAGAUGUCCUUGGAACCCUAUAAAGUUGAGGAGGGUCUGACAGUGCUGCAAAUGGAGAAGAACCUACGGCUGCGGGUGGAGGCACUGCUGAAGGAAAAGAACGACCGGCUGAAGGAAAUGCGGAACCUAAAGCAGCAGGAUGAGGAGCUGUGCGAAGAGCUGUGUGCCACUCCUUACUACAUCCCCACUGGAAGCCUGCCCUCCCGCGCCCAGCUGCAGGAGUUCCGCCAGCAUAUCAAGCGUCUCACCGAGGAGAAGAACACGCGAGUGAAAGUAUUCACAGGCCUCAGGGAGGAUAUCGGCCGACUAAUGGCAGAGAUGGGCCAUGAGCCGGAGACCAGCCUGGAGCGCGAGUCCGUCUGCAAUGAGGCUGAUGUCUUUCUGCUCACCCAUGAGAACAUCAAGGCGCUCAAGCUCCUACUGUGCCAGCUUCAGGUGAAGAAGGAAUCGCUCCUCUCAACUCAGGCUGAACUCAAAGAAAGGGUAGCCAGCCUGUGGAACCGUCUGGACAGUCCAGAGGAGGAACAGAGGGAGUUCCGGGGUAACCUGCAGGGUACUCUCUCUGACCAGAUUGCACAAUGGCAGAAUGAAGUCGAUCGUCUGGAACUUCUGCAAAAGGCCAAGCUGGAGGAUGUAAUUAUCAAGAUCCGCCAGGAACUGGUGGAGACCUGGGACAAGUGCUUGUUUGGCCCUGAGCAGAGGGCUGCCUUCAACAGUCCCUUCUGUGACAGUAACUUCACAGAGGAGCUCCUGGCACAGCAUGAGGAGGAGCUUGUGCGUGUGAAGGCCUGCUAUGAGAAAGCCCGUCCUCUGCUGGACACCAUGGAAAAGUGGGAGAGAACCUGGGCUCUCUUUCAAGAUUUUGAGAAAAAAGCGUUGGACCCCAAUCGCUUUUCCAAUCGUGGUGGGGCACUGCUCAAAGAGGCCAAGGAGCGUGUUAAAGUGCAGAAGAUGCUGCCCAAGCUGGAGGAAGAGCUCAAGGUUGGCGUGGAGGAAUGGGAACAGAGAGAGGGUAGCGCUUUCCUGGUGCGGGGCCUCAGGGCCAUGGAUUAUAUCUCCGGCUUGUGGGAGGAGCAUCGGCUCCAGCGGGAUAAGGAGAAGAGCGAUCGGAUCACAAAGAAGGGUGAGGGAACACCAUUUAAGACCCCCACCAAGAGGCCCCUUCGUGUGGACAUCACACCCAGCAAAGCAAAGAAGAUGCCCAACCAAACUGUGCUUCGAAGUACCAGUAGUUCUUCUAGCACCUCAAGUACCCUCCUCAAUGUCUCUGGAAAACCCCCUGUGAACAGUCAGAAGGCCCAGCAAAGGAACAAGGGUCUGGAAAACAGUCACAGGACACCACUCCAGGAGUUCAACAGUGAGAAGAAGCAUCUCCGUAUUGGCUCCUACUCAGAAUUUACUAGUGAACUGUCCAGGAAGGCAAGUCAUGAUGCUAUUCUGAACUCGACAGCAAAAGACAUUCUUUAAAGAAAACAACACAACCCUUCAUUUCUUCCAUCUGUCCUUUCUGUUCUCUUGGUUCUAUCUUUUCUCUCUUCUCUCUCCCCCCCACCCCCACUAUUUGCAUUUGUGGUGCUUUAAAAGGGAUAAGAAUUGCUUUAGAUUUCAAUAAAGUGAGGAGCAUUGUUACAGUUCUGAAUUAUAAGUUUUUACAUUCUUUGAAUAGUGUUUAUGGGUUUGAUUUGCUGGUCAAGGACACACUUUGCUGUACAGAAAGGAGCUUUUAUUGUAGCUGGACUGCCUCAGCAACACAAGGCUUAGCUGGAGAUGGGAUGUGAGCAGUUGCUUAAAUGUGAACCCUCACCCCUUCAUUUUAUGAAAUUGAGAUUCAUUGUUACUGAAUUCUUUUCAAUUUUAGUGCUCUUCAUGUAAGAUUCAUUCGCCUGAAAAUCCAGUCGAUGCACUUUCAACUUUGACCUUGUAAAUAUCGUGUACAUUUUUGCAAAAAAUGCUAUGUAGGUCUUUUAUACAAUAUGAAUGUGCAGUUUUUUUUUUUUUUAAUAAGAGAACCUGUGUUUUAGGGUUUCUAGCUUUCCUGUGUCUUUUGAAUAAAUAUUUAAAUGACCUUCUCGUCUUGAUUUCAAUUUUGAGAUCUUGUGCACAAGGUGUAAUGUAGCGUGUUCUGGAACACGGGAAAUAAGAUGUUUUCCAACCUUAGUUCUGCUCACUCUUAAGAAUGAAGCCAAUCUGACCCUGGUGUAAAACUGCUUGUUUGACCUUGUCUUGACAUUGAGUCACAGUGGGAUUUCCCCCCCCCCCUUUGGUGUGGUGUUAGAUGUUGGUUUUAUGCAGAAUAAUUUUGGCUUCUCGUUUAACUGUGAUAUAAUGGGCUUUUAGUGUCUACGUGGAAAAUUGGGUCCCAAUUACCCCCACCCCCAAACCUUUUUAGGAGCAUCUCAUCCCCUAGAGCCAAGAUGUGCACUUUAGGCAAUAUUUCUGCAAAG